AUGCAGCAGGAGAUGGGCUCCGAAGGAUCUUCAAGUGUUGUUGUUCCAAGAAACUUUAGAUUAUUGGAAGAGCUAGAAAGAGGUGAAAAGGGAAUUGGAGAUGGAACUGUCAGCUACGGCAUGGAUGAUGCGGAUGAUGUCUACAUGCAGUCAUGGACUGGAACUAUAAUUGGUCCACCUAAUACUGUACAUGAGGGGCGGAUUUACCAACUGAAGCUGUUCUGUGGCAAGGAAUACCCGGAUGAGCCUCCUACUGUGAAGUUCCAAACGCGGAUAAACAUGCGCUGUGUUAGUAAAGAAAGUGGUGUGGUUGAACCCAGUCUGUUUCCCAUGCUUGCUAAUUGGAAAAGGGAAUGCACAAUGGAGGAUAUUCUUGUACAAUUGAAGAAAGAAAUGAUGUCUCCAGAAAAUCGUAAACUCACUCAGCCUCCUGAUGGCAAUGAAGAAGGAAGAGUGGAUCAAAAGGGAGUGGUGCUCAGGUGUUGUAUUCUUUAA